AUGCCUCGUGACUUCCGCAACAUCAUAAACGGCGCCUACUACGCCUCGCGGGAUUCCGAGGAUGGACCUUGGACCGACCAUUGGAUGGACGCGACAGGCCACGGAACAACUCAAUACUGGCUUCCUGACCAGGAACCUCCAACAGGCGAUCUUCCCCGUAAUCCCUGGCCGCGCUACCAUGAAGGCCAUCAAACCGGGCGUCGUGAUGGUUUCGUUGUAGGCAGCAGAGAAGGUCUCAUGGGAGGGCACUGGGAUGGAUGGCGAGAUGGGUAUGAUGAUGGAGCUUUCGAAGGGCAGGGAUAUGAUUUUGGAUAUCAUCAUGGCUACUUUGAUGGAGAAAUGGAAGGGUAUGGGGAUGGGUAUGAAGACUAUGGUUACGACGACAUGUACGGGGGCUAUGGAGACUAUGAGGAUAUGUACGGCGGCAAUGGGAGGUAUAGGUAUUACUAG